GAAAGCUGUCUUCUCAGAAGUUAUCACAAGAAUAAUGUUCGUGGUUUUCGUCAUCGCGAUGCCCAUUAUCGCAAUGAACCUUUUGGUUGGUGUGGCUGUUGAAGAUAUCCAUCGCAUACGGCAGAAGGCAACAUUCUAUUAUAUGAAACUCAAGGUGGAUCGAAUCAUAACCGCAGAGAACACAGCUUUCAGUACGCCCCUAACUAAAUACAUCAUUAGAUGUCUCCCCAUCACGGUUCAAUACCUAAAGAUACAACUGUCACGCAGGUCUAAAUUAACUCGGUUUCGAAUGUGGUUUACCUCCGUUGUCGAUUUUGAAAAGCUUCGAGAAAGCGUGAGGGCGGUCUGUAAGAGGAACCAAGAGAGGCAAGAACUUCGUGCCCAGAAGUCAUCGUGCAGUCAUAAAGACCAACCCGAUGGUGGGCCAGACCAAACUCUUCUCCAGAAACUGUGUCAAAUGCGAGACCAAAUGCGAGACGAAAUAAACGGUUUGAUAAGUCAAGUCGAACAGCGAACUCUCUAAAGGUGUUGAGAAUACAAUGAGUAGUGACGAGUGGAGUACUAUAUAGGCUUAGUAAAUUGUAAGAGUUUCUUUUCAUACGUGUUCUGACUAUCACUGAAUUUAUUUGUAAUUUUAACUCCCCCCCCCCCUGUUUCCUUUUUACCUAUUGAUUCUUUAUUCUUUCCUAACGAUCCGCUUUUCUGUCCUACUAUAUACUUUACUUGAUAUUUGUUUCCCGCCAUUUGUGAUUUCUAAAUCCUAUUUGAUCAGGGAAGCUGUCUUAACUAAACUUUGCUUCCCUCUUUUUGACAAGGAAUAUGAAAUAAAUAUACUAAUUACUGUGAAGCGGUAUUUAAUUCAAAAGAGGUAAU